AUGACGCAGGAACGUAGCCGCGACGACUACAAGGUGGCAUGGAUCUGUCCGCUGGAGGUCGAGCAGAUCGCAGCGAUGGAGAUGCUGGACGAGGAACAUCCCGCACUUCCGAAGCCCCCAGCAGACCACAACGUGUACAGCCUUGGGAGCAUCAACGGCCACAAUAUCGUUAUCGCAGGUCUACACCAGCCUGGCAACUGCCCCGCGGCUACGGUUGUGGCGCAGAUGAGGAUGACGUUUCCCAACUUACGCUUUGGUCUCUUGGUCGGUAUUGGUGGUGGAGUUCCCGUUCAGACGGAUAAUGGGAUAAUACGACUGGGUCAUGUGGUUGUGAGCAAGCCUGCAGGUGGACACUCCGGCGCUCUACAGUACGAUCAUGGAAAAGCUAAAGACGGUCACUUCGAGCGGACAGGUGCUCUGGCACCACCGCCGGCUGUCCUUCUCAAUGCCGCGCAAGCGCUAGCAGUGCAGCGGGCGAGGCUAGGUGUUGAUCCAGUGCAGCAGAACGCCCGUCGAAUCGACAUAACAAGCCGUGGCCUUCGACGAUUCCAGUACCCCGGCGAGCGGCACGAUCAUCUCUUUCCACCAGACUACAUCCACCAGCAUCAAAGAGUAUCCUGCGCCACUGAUUGCGAUCCAUCGAAGCGUAUCCCUCGAACGAGCGAUGAUGACGACACGUUUGUUAUUGUGCACAGGGGCAAUAUCGCAUCUGGAGAGCUGGUGGUGAAGGAUGCCUUACUAAGGGAUACACUAGCUCAGCAGCACGGACUGUUGUGCUUUGAGAUGGAGGCUGCUGGGGCGAUCGCUGACUUUCCCUGCCUUGUUGUCCGCGGCAUCUCGGACUACUGCGACUCGCACAAGAACGACAUGUGGCACGGAUAUGCGGCAGCUGUGGCAGCAGCGUAUGCUCGACAGCUCUUCUUCCACUUGCCGGUAGAUGAGGUGCAGCGGUAA